CCCCCCGGCCCUCCCGUCCUCCUCCCUCGCCCGAGGACAGCGGGACUCCCUCCGAUGCCGCUCGGCAGGCUCAGCGCUCGCAGCCAGCCUUGCCGGGGGCUCUCCUGAUCUCCGUGGAGCUCCGCAGCGCUCGCCCCGGUGGUUUUGCUCCCCCCCAUCCCUCCUCUCCACCCACCCCUUCCCCCUUUUCGCCUUGUCGGGUGUGUUUUUUGCCUGUUGGAAAAGUCCCCGCUGCCCAGGAUGGGGGUCGGUGGGUGCUUGGCCCUGCCCUGGAGGUGCCUGGUCGUCCUCUGUCUCAGGCUGCUCUUCCUUGUGCCCGCAGGAGUGCCCGUGCGCAGCGGAGAUGCCACCUUCCCCAAAGCCAUGGACAACGUGACAGUGCGGCAAGGGGAGAGCGCCACGCUCAGGUGCUCCGUGGACAACCGGGUGACCCGGGUGGCCUGGCUGAACCGCAGCAGCAUCCUCUAUGCCGGCAAUGACAAGUGGUGCUUGGACCCUCGGGUGGUGCUCCUGGCCAACACCAAAACCCAGUACAGCAUCCAGAUCCAGGAUGUGGACGUGUACGAUGAGGGCCCCUACACCUGCUCCGUGCAGACAGACAAUCACCCCAAGACUUCACGUGUCCAUCUCAUCGUGCAAGUGUCUCCAAAAAUCACCGAGAUCUCUUCCGACAUCUCCAUCAACGAGGGCGGCAAUGUCAGCCUCACCUGCAUAGCCACGGGCAGGCCAGACCCAACAAUCACCUGGAGACACAUCUCACCCAAAGCCGUGGGCUUCAUCAGUGAGGAUGAGUACCUGGAGAUCACGGGAAUCACGCGGGAGCAGUCGGGAGAGUACGAGUGCAGCGCCUCCAACGAUGUCUCAGCGCCCGUCGUCCAGCGAGUCAAAGUCACCGUCAACUACCCUCCAUACAUCUCGGAUGCGAAGAGCACCGGGGUGCCAGUGGGGCAGAAGGGCAUCCUGCUGUGCGAGGCCUCCGCCGUCCCCUCUGCUGACUUCCAGUGGUACAAAGAUGACAAGCGACUGGCUGAAGGACAGAAAGGGCUGAAAGUGGAGAACAAAGCCUUCUUCUCCAGACUGACCUUCUUCAACGUCUCCGAGCAGGACUACGGCAACUACACCUGCGUAGCCUCCAACCAGCUAGGGAACACCAAUGCCAGCAUGAUCCUCUACGAAGAGACAACUACUGCUCUGACACCCUGGAAAGGCCCUGGUGCAGUGCACGACGGGAACAACGGCGCGUGGCGGCGAAGCGGCUGCGCGUGGCUGCUGCUCCUCCCGCUCGCCCACCUCGCCCGCCAGUUUUGACCCCAGAGCCAGCCCGCGGAGUAGCGGCAGCGACGACCACGGCCAGCGAGUGCGAGCAGAAAGGAGAGGAAGAAAAGAAGAAGAAGAAGUGUUCACCGUUUCCGAAAAUAAUCAUAAGAAUUGAGAGAGUAUCCGGCCAGGCCACCUGGGGGAGGGGGAGAGAGGAAAAACACGCAAAAAAAAAAACCCACAACGGGAAUUUGGAAUGGAGAGAAAAGGGAAAAAAUUAAUAAUCCAAGGCUUCCUGCUGAAGACGCAAUGCGACUGAGUCUUUUUCUUUUCACCCUAUUUUUUUCUUUUUUGUCCCCUACCACUUUUUUCCCCUGUUUUCGUUGUUCUCUGCCACGGGCCAGCGUGGAGGAUGGACGGGGCCAUUGGAGUGUGGCACUUGUCCCCUGCCCUGUCCUCUUCACUGUCGCCACCCGCCUGCUCCCUCCCGUGGGACCCUCCAUCCAGACACACGGGUUUUCUCCUUUGCCAAGAUUUCCCCGUCUUCUCAUGGACUGUGCCGCCAUUUGUGUUUCAGAAUAUAUAUACAUAUAUAUAUCUAUCUCCAUGUAUACAUAUAUAUAUGUAUAGAUAUAUAGACCUUCAAACAGUUACCACACCACCACGAAAGGAAAGGGAGGAAGGAGACCGGCGUCGAGCCACGCUUUCAUCGUACCAUCCGCGGACAUCGUGAAUGAUAAGGGAUUCUGAGUCAUGGUUAAUUUUAUUAAUUGUAUUUUCUGAUACGAGCCUAGAACUCUUAGUUCCUAAAAAACAGAAAUGCAAAAAAAAUGAGGGGGAAAAAAGUAAAGAAAAAAAAAGAGGAAAAAAAAACCAAUCCAGGAGAGGGGGAGCAAGUGGAGAGAAGUUUGUUUACCGAGGAGGCAACCAGCCAAGGAGGUUUGUGAGCCCGGCGAGGAGGAUGAGGAGGAGUCCUGUGCUGAAACACCCCCAAAACCGGCCCAAAAGCGGUCGUCUGGACAGUUCCUGCUGAGGGCACAGACGACACUCGCCGCGCGUUGAGGUGGAGGGAGAUACUGAAUCUUUUUAUGGGAUAUAUAUAUACAGUAUAUAUAAAUAUACAUAUAUAUAUAUAUAUAA